UGUGUUGGUGGGAUGUGGGUGUGAUAAACUGAGAGCAGGGAAGAAAAAAAUAGAAAAAAAGUGAUAAAGAAAGAAAAACAAGAAAGAUUAAAGAAAGAAAGAAAGAAAGAAAAAGAGAGUGUGAGAAAUUGACAAGAGAGUAAGAGAGAGAUUGAGUGAGAGAGAGAGAGAGGGUUGGACAAGAGAGAGAUGAGUCUACUUUAAACUUCAGCGGGUCUGUAUAACCACGUCCGGGGGUGCAGUGACGGGGGGCUGUGCUAGUUUGGUACUUAUGAUGACACACUGGAAAACCACAGCACUGUUUAUCAGACCGACCUUCUCCCAGUCAUUGUCUCUGAGUUGCCUUAAAGCAGAGUGCAUCAGGCAGACAUAUCGGAUCCACCAGCCCUUUCUCAGGCUCUGUUCUCAAGUUGAUUGGCCGAUGCUGGAGCAGACUUCUCAGAAGAUGUUCAAGACACCGCAAGGAGGCCCAUGAACGAGAGAACUUGUCUGACUGUGCAGCACACACACAGAAGGAGUCUUUACAGCGCUCUGGUCCUGGGACGUCAGAGACACAUGUUCCCCAAAGCUAGGAAUGAGGAGGAGAUCGUGGGUGUACGGACAGUCUGACAGCCAGUGGUGUGCGUGUGUGCGUGUCAGUGUGUGUCAGUGUGUAUGUGGUAAGUUGAAAGAGCGACGGCAGGCUGGUCUGACAAGAUGUCUGAAGAACAUCAAUAUACCAGCAGUUCCGUGGGGCUUCUCUCCUCCAUCCCCCUUCUCCACCACCCCCACUCAAACCAGCCGUCACCCAACUCCCCCCAGCUACCCUCCCCCUAUAAUAACCAACUCCUCUCCCCCCAGCCUCAGGACUCGGACUCGGGCUUCUCUCCUGGAGGAGUCCCCUCUGAUAUGGACCUACAACUGCUCCUGUCCCCCAGGACCUUCUCCCCCCAGCCCCAGCCCCAGCCCCAACUGUUCUCUCCCCAGCCCCAGGGCUCAGAUUCAGGCUUCUCACCAGGUGGGGGCCCUUCUGAUAUCACCCUGAAUCAACUACUCUCCCCCCAGGCUCAGGGCCCUGCCCAGGUGGGUUACCAGCAGAUCCACCAGUAUGAGCAGGAGCAGGAAACCCUUUACCAGCAGACAGAGUCUGGAACAGACUCACACAGUGAGCAGAACUUCAAUGACUACAACUACCAGCUCCACCACAACCAUCGACUAGACAAUAGCCAUCGACUGGACCAUCAUGCUCAACUGGAUCAUGGUCAGGACCCAUCUCUGGAGUUGCAGCCGAACCAGCAGAGUGGUCCUCAGUGUGAGCAGAUGACCCAGCUAAGAAUGCCCCUCCAGAACCAGCUCCAGCCCCAGACAGGACCCUACAGCCCUCUGGAGCUGGAACACACACACCACCUGAACAUACACGCACCUGAACACACACACUCGAACACACAAACGCGUGUCCUCAUUCAUACCGCACAGCCCGGCCACACACCCACUCACACCCACUACUCUCCGCAGGCGUACCCAGCCCCAAGCACACACACCCCUCACCCUCUCUCCUCGCAUCUCUACAGUCAGCGCUACGAGCAGGGCGACGCGCAGCAAGAGUGGCGACAUGCCCACACACACUUUCCAUACACACACACUCAUGUACAAAGCCCCUACACAUUUGCACAUUCACAUGCAGAGGAGACACAGGGCCUGUAUAUGUACCAGACAGAGUCCCAGGGGCCGAUUGAGCACCUCUCAUCCCAGCAGCGCUUCUCCCCACUGAGCUUAGGCUUCAGGCAAGGGGUCCUGGGCACCCAAACCUCCAUGGAACUCCUCCCAUCACCGUGCAUUAAGGGGGUCUCCAACCUCCACCAUGACCCCAGCUAUACCCCCAACCCCUACAGUAGCCCUGGCACAAGCCCCUACGCUGACCUCAACCCUUGUCCCAGCCCCAAGGAGGAGAGCCCGGGACUGGGGAACCACAACCGGCACCACAGCCUCCCCCUGACUCCCUACAGUCCUCUACCACACUCAUACCUCCAGCCUGGCUCUCAGUCCAGCCCCACCCCCCAGACGAACCCUUACAGCUACUCCCAGACUUACCACCCUAGCCAGCCAAGCCCUCACUACCAAACCAGCCCAAACCCUCACCUCUUCCUCCCCCAGAGCCCGGUCCCUCUCCCCAGCCCUUUCCCCCCCCCUCCCCCCCUGGUGCAAGGCCAGUGCUGGGGAGCAGAGCCAGGGGCUGGUGCUGUGGCCAAACCUCUGACCAGAGAGAGGACAGGAACCCGUCAGAACCUCCUCCACUCCUCCACUGCUUCUCAGACACAGCUGCUCUCUGUUGGUUUUGUUGGGCUGAAGACAAGACUGACAAUAUACUCGGAACACCUUGGAAACCUGAACAGCAGGAGGCUCAUGUGCUCAGUCUGCCAGCGGGACUUUAAGAGCCUCCCUGCCCUGAACGGGCACAUGAGAUCUCACGGGAGGCAGCAAAGACAGACCAUCAAAACACACCCCAGCCAGAGAGAGAGGGAGGAGGAAGCCCUGGUGAUGCCCGUGUCCAUGCCUGUUCACCUGCCUACCUUUCCUACCCAGCCGGAGCACAGAGAGCAGACGAGAGCCCCCAAGAGGGGGAACAGGAAGCACCCCCAUCGCCCCUCCCCUCUGCUCCUCCCCACCGUGAUCAUCCCCACCCCCUCCCCUCUCCCCAGGGGGAUUUCGCUGUUCCAGAGCCUGUUACGCGUUGUCGCCGGUAACGGAGAGGUUUCCGGAGGAGACGGGGCAUUCUACACCCCUCCCCCCAUGCUGUGUCCUGUGAGGGACGGGACAGGGCUGUACUGCUCUCUCUCCACCAGGGGGCAGCAAAGAGCACACAUCGUACUGCUACACAACUCAGACACAAGUGUGGACAGCAGCGUGGCCAUGGUGACCCCGCGUCCCAGGGAACAGUCAGUAGAGAUCAAACCGCGGAUCAACGUGGGGUCGUGUUUCCAGGCGGAGAUCCCUCCUCUUUUUGAACGAAGACAAGCAGCGAUAGACCCUCACUAUGCACUGCUACUCUGGACGCCCUGGGACGACUUGGAGACUGUCGCUACACAGCAGAGAGUGAAAGCCUUCCUGAUGAUGGCGUGUUCCUGUGUGGUACCUGGGGGCGGAGUUAACUCAGAGUAUGCCCUGCACGCCCUAUCAGAGAGCAGAGGAGACUUCCUGGUGACCUUAGAGAAGCUCCUGCUGUCAGCCCCUGGAAUGCAACCUCUGACCUCCUACCAUUACACAGGCUGUGACAGAUGGACUCCAGCAGAGAGGAGGCUGGUGAACAAGGCCAUAAACCUCUACCAGAAAGACUUCUCCCGCAUCCAGAAAAUGGUGCAGACCAAGUCUCUGGCUCAGUGUGUCGAGUUCUACUACUUCUGGAAAAAGAGGUUGCGUCUGAACAUAAGGACCCCAUCAGAGGUGGCUCUCACACUGCCUGAGGCGAAUGACAGGACCCCCAACGGACUGUCCGAAAACUAUGCCACUGUGGACAUGAGGGGCCAUGAGGUUACAGAUCCAUUCUCAGCCAAUCAGGAGCUCCCAAACUUCAGGUCACCCGAAGUCCUGGAACCAGCAGCCUGUCAAAGCCUCUCCUGUGUUGGUGGACUGUCCAAAAGUGGAGAGGUAUGCUGCAGCUCCAGCACCCCAGUCCUGGACGGUGUGAAGCCCAGCUGGUCUCACCAUUCUGGGCUAGGAUCUCUAGGGGGCUCCCCCGCUCCAUCCAGUCUUGGCUCCAGGCCCAGCCCACAGACUACCGCCAUCUACCCCUGCAAAGAGUGCUCCAAGGUUUUCACCAAGGUGAAGAGUCGUAACGCCCACAUGAAGACCCAUCGCCAGCAGGAUGACUCUCCAGUAGUCUACAUGCCUAAGAAGGCCACAUCCUGCCCAAGGCCCAGACCCCAUCUCCCAGCCCCAACCCCCCAUCACUCAGCCCCAGGCCCAGCCCCAGCCCCCAUCUCCCAGCCCACCAUCUACCAGCCCCAGUCCCCAUCCUGCCCCAGCACCAGACCCCGUCUCCCAGCUCCAGACCCUAUUUCCCAACCCCAGAUACGGUGUGCCUGUGAUUGAGUGAAUACUGGUAAAACACACUGACAGCACGUUUCAAAAAUGUUUGAGUUGAUGUUGUUAUUAUAUCAGAGCACCUAUAUGUUUUAAAAGUGUACGUUUUAAAAUAUUUUACAAGUCAUUAUGGUUGCAUCUGUUUGUCCAAAAAUGCUGUUUUCUACUUUUGCAUCUCUCCAAAACAUUGAAAGUUUUCUAUGAAGUUAAAACCUCGUUAUUACCAAGGCAUUACUGUUUGAUGGGGUUGAAUGGGUCUCCAGCGCCAUCCCCUGGUCACAGGGCCAACCAACAAAAAGGCCAUCCUCUGGCACACAAUUGUAGUUUACCUUAUGAACAUAUUGAUUUAAACUUAUACAAAUAUAAACUUUUCUAUAUUUUGGUAAACUCCCUUUCUA